AUGUCUGCCAAAGUGACCGCCACCGGCCCUCUGGGCGAGGGCGAGGCUCGCUGGAUCAAGCUCAUCAAGAUCAACUACGACGACCAGAACGGCAACUCCCGCACCUGGGAAUCCGCCGAGCGCCGCACCCGCCCAAAGAACGGCGAGAUUGACGGCGUCGGCAUCGUCGCCAUCCUCGAGAAGCCCACCGGCCCCGAGAUCAUCCUCCAGAAGCAGUAUCGCCCGCCGAUUGACAAGAUCUGCAUCGAGGUUCCCGCGGGGCUCGUGGACGAGGGUGAGACGGCCGAGCAGGCUGCCGUGCGCGAGCUCAAGGAGGAGACGGGAUACGUUGGCAAGGUGUCCGAGACCACGCCGAUCAUGUUUAAUGACCCCGGAUUCUGCAAUACCAAUCUCCGCAUGAUCCACGUCACCAUCGACACCUCCCUCCCCGAGAACCAAAACCCAAAGGCCGAAUUGGAAGAAGGAGAAUUCAUCGAGGUCUUCACCGUGCCGCUGUCCAACUUCUGGGCAGAGUGCCUUCGUCUGGAGAAGGAAGGCUACGCCAUCGAUGCCCGCGUGGGGACCAUUGCCGAAGGCAUUGAAUUAGCAAAGAAAUUCAAGCUAUAA